CGUUUUAUAGUUGAAGAUCAUCUGUUAAUUGCAUUUGCAUAUAUCCAAAAUUCCUCUUCCUUCUCCGCAGCAGAAGCAGAAGCUCUUGAUUGAAUCUAGAGGGAGAAAAGUUAUGGCUCUGAAUCCUCAACUUUUCCCCAAUGGGAUGCCGGUGCCCUUCGACAACGAGAUGUUCGUCUUGGGUAGAGACGGCGUCGAAUUUGAGAUCGACAAGAUCCCCGGAGCUCAAGGUGGAACAGUGAAAGCAAAGGGAACCAUUUACUUGUCAAAUAUACGCAUGGUGUUUGUUGCACAAAAACCUGUUGGGAAUUUUUAUGCAUUUGAUAUGCCACUGCUCCAUGUUCAUGAUGAGAAAUUCCACCAGCCAAUUUUCUACUGCAACAACAUUGCUGGCUAUGUAGAACCUGUUGUGCCUGAUGAUGAGCAUUUGGCUCUUUAUUCAACUCAUUCUUUCAAGAUUCUAUUCAAGGAAGGCGGUUGUGGAACAUUCGUCCCACUCUUCUUUAACUUGAUUGGAUCUGUCAGACAAUACAGCCAGCACCUUGCAGCACAGCCUCGAGUGGAUCCUCUUCAAGCAGCACAAACUCCUGUCGAUGAGAUGAUGAGACAUGCAUACGUUGAUCCUAGUGACCCCACUAGAAUUUUCUUGCAGCAGCCAAAUGCAGAGUCUCAGCUGAGACGCCGCACUUACCAGCCAAUGGAUGGCUGAAAACCCAAUGUAAAUCAUUACUGUUUUUUCCCUCAUCUAUAUACUUGUGGAGCUCAUGCUUGGAAGUCUAUGUAAUAUAAACCUUUGUGUUUUAUUUGGUUGCAAACAUAUUGCCAAUUUAUUUUUCGUGUUGAACA